AUGGGCUUCGGACACAAGAUCUUUGCCGACCCUACAGGUGUUUCAGUUGACGAAAAGAAAUAUCGCGGAAUGAUUGGAUCCAUACUCUAUCUCACAAUAAGUCGUCCAGAUAUCUUGUUCGUAACAUGUUUAUGUGCCAGAUUUCAAGUCAACCCAAAAAUGUAUCAUCUCUUGGUAGUAAAACAAAUCUUCCGAUAUCUUGAAGGCACAAAGAGUCUCGGACUUUGGUACCCAGCAAAUGAAAGAUUCCUUCUUCAAGCAUAUUCAGAUUUGAACUAUGGUGGUCUUCAACUUGAUAGAAAAAGCACUUCAGGUGGCUGUCAAUUCUUAGGUGGUCGUUUGGUCAGUUGGUCAUCAAAGAAACAUAAAUGCAUUGCACUCUCUACAGCCGAAGCCGAAUACAUUGCUGCUGCCAGCUGUACAUUCAGGUUCUGUGGAUGA